AUGGAGCUUCGAGUGGGGAACAAAUACCGACUGGGCAGAAAGAUUGGUAGUGGUUCAUUUGGAGACAUUUACCUAGGAGCCAAUAUUGCAACUGGUGAAGAGGUGGCCAUAAAACUGGAAUGUGUCAAAACCAAGCAUCCCCAGCUCCACAUUGAAAGCAAGUUCUACAAGAUGAUGCAGGGAGGAGUGGGUAUCCCCUCCAUUAAGUGGUGUGGAGCAGAGGGGGACUAUAAUGUGAUGGUGAUGGAGCUCUUGGGGCCUAGCCUGGAAGAUCUCUUCAACUUCUGUUCCCGCAAAUUUAGUCUCAAGACAGUUCUGCUCCUGGCAGACCAGAUGAUCAGCCGUAUUGAGUACAUUCAUUCCAAGAAUUUCAUUCACCGGGAUGUGAAGCCAGACAACUUCCUUAUGGGCCUUGGCAAAAAAGGCAACCUAGUCUACAUCAUUGAUUUUGGUUUGGCUAAGAAGUACCGAGACGCCCGGACCCACCAGCACAUCCCCUACCGGGAAAACAAGAACCUGACUGGCACAGCUCGUUAUGCCUCUAUCAACACCCACCUGGGAAUAGAACAAAGUCGCCGUGAUGACCUAGAGAGCCUGGGCUACGUGCUCAUGUAUUUCAACCUGGGCUCACUGCCCUGGCAGGGCCUCAAGGCUGCCACCAAGCGCCAAAAGUAUGAGAGGAUCAGUGAGAAGAAGAUGUCAACGCCCAUUGAGGUGCUCUGCAAAGGGUACCCUUCUGAGUUCUCAACAUACCUCAACUUCUGCCGCUCGCUGAGGUUCGAUGACAAACCUGACUACUCGUACCUGCGGCAGCUCUUCCGCAACCUCUUCCACCGCCAAGGCUUCUCCUAUGACUAUGUCUUUGACUGGAACAUGCUUAAAUUUGGAGCAGCCCGGAAUCCUGAGGAUGUGGAUCGGGAGCGGCGGGAGCAUGAGCGAGAAGAGAGGAUGGGGCAGCUCCGGGGGUCAGCCACACGAGCGCUGCCCCCGGGCCCGCCUGCUGGAGCCACUGCCAACCGCCUUCGCAAUGUCACUGAGCCCAUGGCCUCCACUCCCACCUCCCGAAUCCAACAGUCCGGAAACACGUCCCCCAGAGCAAUCUCAAGAGUGGACAGGGAGCGGAAGGUCAGCAUGAGGUUACACCGAGGAGCUCCUGCCAAUGUCUCCUCAUCUGACCUCACAGGGCGGCAAGAAGUGUCACGGAUUUCAGCAUCACAGACAAGUGUGCCAUUUGAUCACCUUGGGAAGUGA